UCUCGGUUGCGGAGGGGAGAAGCAGAGAAGGGAGGGAGCCUCGGAGCAGAAACACAUAGUUAAACACUGACAUCAGUCCAGAUAGGACACAGAGGAGGCUUCAGUCGAGGACAUCUGCCGUGCAAAGCCCGGGAACACUGCUCCCGUUCAUCCCACGGGCUGUUUUCACUGGAAGCCUGGUUUUUAUUUUUAUUUUUUGAUUGUUUGUUUCUUGGCUGUUCUGCGGGGAAAAUGAGGAGCAGAUCCAAAGUUUGAGCGACUCCGGACUGAUCACUGUAAUCCAGAGGCUGUCUGUGCUUUAUAAGCGCUUCCUGAGGUGGUUGUUUUCCAGGCAGGAGAGGAAGGAGUGAGACCAGCUCCUGAAGGAUGGUGCUGGACAAGGAGGAGAGUGUGUCUGUUGUGUCCCUCCAGUCCAGAGAGAAGCCGAGAGGCUGCGCUGGCUGUAAUGGGAAAAUCAGGGACCGCUUCAUGCUGCAGGCAUUAGACAGGUUCUGGCAUGAGGACUGUUUGAAAUGCGCCUGCUGUGACUGCCGCCUGGGCCGGGUGGGCUCCACCCUGUACACCCGGGCCAAUCUCAUCCUCUGUCGCAGAGACUACCUGAGGCUCUUUGGGGUGACGGGGAACUGUGCAGCCUGCAGUAAGCUGAUCCCUGCCUUUGAGAUGGUGAUGAGAGCCAGAGACAACGUCUACCAUUUAGACUGCUUUGCCUGUCAUCUCUGCCGCCAGAGAUUUUGCGUGGGAGACAAGUUUUUCCUCAAGAACAAUAUGAUCCUGUGCCAGCUGGACUACGAAGGAGGUCAUCUUAAUGGAAGCACUGAGAGGCUGCAACAAUAAGAGAUCAGGACAGGAACCACAGCGAGCUAACUGGACCAUGAAACUCACAGCGGCACGCUCUUCAUCGGCUUCUUGCUUCAGUCGGAACUUUUCUCGGGUGAAACCAAAAAAAGAAAUCAAAGCACUGAGAUUGGACACAUUUGCUGCAGCCCGUGUUUGAACUCUGUUAUAGAGCUGCACGGUUAUUUAGUUAAAAGCUUUCUGAUCAGAUGGGCUCGGGAUCAACCUGGAGGUGGGAAUGGAGACGUGUACGGCACUUAUUGUGGACUCUGAACCGAAACGGAGCAAACUAGAGCCGCUUUCAUAUCCUUUCCAGUCGGUUUCAUUAAACGGGACACGAAUAAUGGAUAAAAGUCACUCGGGCCACAUGUAGAAUCAACCUACGGUUGUCAGAGUUUGAAGCAAACUUCACCCAGAUGGUUUAAAAGAAGCCCUGAAGGAAAAUAAACAACUUAUUUGCAUUGUUUGCUUAUUUCAGCUAAAGAAAUCAGUAGAAGGAAGAGUUUCCCCGUAGUUUAACUUCAAACUCACCGUAACUUUAUUUCCAUUCCUCUCUCACACUCUUUGUCACGACUUAUUAAUAUCAGUUUUAAAUACAAUCUGUAUGCUUAUUUUGUAUGUGCUGAGAUGAACAUUUUAAGGAUUCAUGACUUAUUUAAAGGUUUCCAUUGUAGACUAAAAAUAAAAUAAAAUAAAAUCCA